AUGUGGAAGGAUACUAUAGAUGUUGCGGUGGUGGUGGUGGUGGCGGUGGUUACAAUGAUUAUGGGUGCAAAUGCAGCUGAUACCAACGAUGUCUUGAGCCCUUGCAUUGAUGCUAAAGUACAAAAAUUUGAUGGAUUCACAUUUGGUCUUGCAUUUUCUACCAGGGAAUCUUUCUUUUUCGAUCAGGUUCAACUUUCACCUUGUGAUAUUCGUCUUGCCCUUUCAAGCAAAAUGGCACAACUUGCUUUGUUUAGGCCAAAAGUUGAUGAGAUUUCUUUACUUACAAUCAAUAGCAGUACCUUUGAUCCGGCCAUGGGUGGUGGAUUUAUGGUAGCAUUUGCUGGAAGAAAGUAUGCAGCUAGAUCACUCCCAACUGUGGUUGCUGAUAAUGGUAUGAUCGUUACUAGUUUCACUCUGGUCCUGGAAUUCCAGAAGGGUACCCUACAGAACUUGUACUGGAAGAAUUUUGGGUGUGGUUCCUGCUCUCAUGGUUUUAUUUGCCUCAAUGGCAAGGACUGCGCAAUUCAAAGCUCAAGGUGUAGGAUUCAUGGUGGCCCUAUUGACUGCAACCUGGGAAUACAAUUAGCAUUCUCUGGUACUGACAGGAAUCUUGAAUCGCUUAAUUCAUGGUAUGAGGUAUCAAAUCUCCGGCAAUACUCUCUCUAUGGCCUGUACUCGGAUCUUCGUGACUCCAUUAAUCAAUUCACUGAGAAGUUUUAAGAUUUUUUUUUUCAUUAUUAUUUUUUUAACCCGAGCUAACUUGUUAUUGCUUUGUCAUGUGAUGGUUGAUCAAUGGUGAAUGUUUAUUAGAACUUGCAAAGACCACGGUGAAUCAUCUAUAUAUCAGUCAAUUUAUUGCUCAUUUGCAUAAGAAUAAUAGUUAUGCCUUAGUUUUACAUUGGAUUGAAGCUGUUCUUUAUUGGAAAAUUUCCAGAGAACUAUUUGAAUUUGAUUUUCUGGAAACUCUGUA